CCCAAAUAUCCAGGAGGUCUGUCAACGUUAUGGACAAAGGCCUGUUAUUGUUAACAUCAAGGAUAAAGAGCAGAUCCACACGUUGUUGGACACUGUGGAGCAGAUGAGAUGCACAAACAAACCAUGCUGCUACACAGCUGUAACAUUUGCCCGAGCCCAGAUUGAUCUGAUAACUAAAAAUAUGGUCACUCGUAAGUAAUUGAAUGUUUUUUUUAAAUCAUUAAUCAUGUUCUACAUUAUAUUCUAACAUCUACUUUAUAAACUGUUCACAUUUUAAGAAAAUCAUGUGUUUACAGGUGAUGAAGAGAUGCACAACACGGAGCCUCUCAGGAUUGUGCUGAUAGGAAAGACCGGCAAUGGAAAGAGCUCAUCAGGAAACACCAUCCUAGGAGGGAGAGAGUUUAAAGUCAAUGCAAGUCAAAAAUCAGUCACCAAACAGUGUCAGAAAGAACAGGGUGAGGUGGACGGUCGUCCUGUUGUUGUGGUCGACACUCCUGGUCUCUUUGACUCAACUCUGUCACAUGAAGAAGUUUAUGAGGAGUUGAUGAAAUGUGUCAGUCUUCUGGCCCCAGGACCGCAUGUCUUCCUGUUGGUGUUAAAAAUUGGUCGUCUCACACCAGAGGAAAAGAAAACAUUAAAACUUAUCAAGGAAGGAUUUGGGAAGAAUUCAGAAAAGUUCACCAUCAUUCUUUUCACUGGAGGAGAUUCACUACAACGUGACGAAAUAUCCACUGAAGAUUAUAUUGAAAUGAUGUGUGAUGAUUCGUUUAAGAAGCUGAUUGCUGACUGUGGAGGAAGAUACCAUGUGUUCAAUAAUGUAGACAAAGAGAACCGCCAACAAGUCAGUGAGCUGAUAACAAAGAUUGACACCAUGGUGAAGGACAAUGGAGGAAACUGCUUCACCAAUGAGAUGCUGGAAGAGGCUGAAGCAGCGAUAAAGAAGGAAAUGAAGAGAAUCCUGAAGGAGAAGGAAGAAGAGAUGAAGAGAGAGAGAGAGGAGCUAGAAAGAAAACAUGAGGAAGAAAAGGAAGCCAUCAAAACAAGAUUGGAAGAAGAAAAAGAAAAAGUACAGCAGGAAAGAGACCAGAAACUCAAGGAGAUGGAGGAAUAUCUAAAUAAGGAGCAUGAAGAGAGAAAGAAAGAACAGGAAGUGAGAGAAAAAGAGAACAGGAAACGGGAAGAGGAGGAAGAAAAACGUAGGCAGGAUUUUAAAAUGCAGCUUGAAAUGUUGGACAAACAAAUUCAGUCAGAAAAAGAGGAAAAGAAAAAUGUGGAUCAAAAGCUGGAAGAGAGCAGAGACGAGAUGAAGAGAAAACAAGAAGCCUGGGAGAAAGAACGAAGAGAAGAAAGAGAGAAACGAAGACAAGAAGAUGAACAGAGACGACAGGAGGAGGAAAAACGACUGAAAGAAGAGAAGGAAAAAAUACAGCAGGAAAAAGAAAAACAUGAAAAGAAAAGAAAAGAAGAAGACAAAAUGAGGAGAGAAGAGGAGAAGAAAGAACGAAAUCAGCUGGAGGAAAACUAUAAAAUACGUGUGGAAAAUCUGAAGAAGAAGUAUGAAGAUGAGGCCAGAAAGAAAGCUGAAGAGUUCAAUGAUUUCAAAGAGAAACACAACAAAGAGUUUGCAGCUCAGAAGGAGGAGCACGAGAAGAAGAUUAAAGACAAAGAUGAGAAGUAUGACCUGUUAAAGGCUCUGGCUGAGCACACUGAAAAACAAAAGAGAGAAAAACAUCUUGGAGACAUCAGUGAUGUGGUGAAGUGUCUGUCUAAGAAGAGAGGAAAUCUGACAAAAAUCAAAGACUUGCUGACAAAACAUGAGGAUCAAAUGAAGAUUGCAAACAAUCAGGAUGAAAAAGAAAACCUGCAGAAAAUUCAUGACACAGAAAUAACUCUCGUGGACAUGCAGGUGAAAAGCACAGCCCAGCGUUUACUGUCUGCACUCCCUCCUCUGGUGCGACGUGUGGUGACCGUCCAGGGUCCAAAGACAUCCAGUCCUACACUAGUGAACGGUGGCAUUGGUGUCAGCCUGUCCACGGGUAAAUCUGCCAUCUUUUGGGUCUGA